CCCUCACUGUGAACAAACAGUCAAGGAUAAAAGCUCCUCACUUGACUUAGUAACGCUACUGAAGUCCAGAGCUCAUCGCACAACCAUGGCUGUGGAUUUCACUGGAAAAUGGGAGCUGGAGUCGAGCGAAAACAUUGAUAAUUACCUCAAAGCACUGGACAUCGACUUUGCCUUCCGGAAGAUUGCAGCUCACCUCACUCCGACAAAGAUCUUUACCCAGGAUGGGGAUAACUUUGUGAUUAAGACACAGAGCGCCUUCAAAAGCUAUGAGCUGAUCUUCACUGUUGGAGUCGAGAAGGAAGAAUUCACUAAGGGAUUUGACAACAGGACGCUGAAGACUCUGGUGAUCUGGGAAGGGGACAAAUUGGUGGCCACCCAGAAAGGUGAGAAAGCCAACCGGGGAUGGAAACACUGGAUAGAGGAUGACAAACUUCAUCUGGAGUUGACAUGUGAGGAUGCCGUGUGCCACCAAGUGUACAAAAGAAAAGACUGAAUUGUCACGUGAUUGUGAUUCAAUGUCACAUUCAUUUUGCUGUAACAAGUCUAUCAAAAUCAGGCUGUUGACGUGAGGCAUCACUGCUUUCUCAGGAGAUCAAACUGACGUGGCACUGACAGCACUUCUGUAGGAGUUUUUCUUCUACUAAAUAAAGAUGAAACAUUACA